AGAGAGAGAGAGAGAGAGAUGUACAGAUCUCUAUACGACGUGUUUACACACACUUUACUUGAAGUCUGAAAGGAGACGUAACAGUUUGGGGUUCCCGGGUUUCUUUCAAUAACUACCGCUACAAAGAGAUCUAUUAAACAAGCGGCCGGGUGGGCACGUUCUGUCGUAAACACACAUCGAUCGGGGUGCAUUGCAGCGUCGAAUAAAACUAGACCAUCGACCUGCGCCUGGGCAGAGAACAUUGAUCACAUUUUCAAUCGGCGCCAGCUCUCAGUAGAGGGGAAAAUCGAAAUCGGUCUGCAUAUAGCGAGGGUGCGUCACGUGACCAGCAGCCAGCGUAUACACGGAGGAGCCACCCAGUUCUGCCUGGCCUUUGUUUGAAGCAAGAUUGGAUACAAGCGGGUUACACACACAGAUUCAUUCUCGUUCUGGUAAACCAAGUGCUAAACUCGGAGCCGAACUGGCUCACAAAGAGUUUGUCGGAGCCAAAAUGGCAGACGAGAAAUCGCCGUGAGACGACAUGGCUGACGCGGAGUCCCUGGAGCAGGUGGCCGAGGAUCUCUGCUGGUGUUUCGUCUGUGAGGGUCGGCUACGAGACCCGAGGAUCCUACCCUGUCUCCACUCGUUCUGCAAGUCCUGCUUAGACGCGCUCAUUGAGCAGCAGAUCUCAAGUCAUGGGCUUAAGAGCUUCCCUUGUCCCAAGUGUAACCAACUCGCGGCCUUGCCGCCAGGUCUACAGAAAGGUUGCUAUGGUGACGUCUUUCCAACAGAUUCGUUCACCGGCAAGUUAUUGGACGUGAUAGCAGCUUACGGGAAGAACAAGACGUGUGAUUUGUGUAAGACAGGGGAGGUAAGUGCGGAAGCCGUCAACUGGUGUAUGGACUGUUACGAGGCUAUCUGCGAAGCGUGCACGAAAGUUCACCUGCACGGAACGCCGACCGCGGAUCACGUGGUCACGGGACUAGACGAGAUGAGGUCGCUGUCGUUGGAGAACGUCAUGAAGCGAAAACGCGAGGUCCCUUGCAACAAACACAAAGGGGAGAUAAUCAAAAUGUACUGCGUUGAUUGCAGGGAGCCGCUGUGCGUUCAGUGCUCUGCGAUAUCUCACAGGAAGUGUAGCAAAUGCGUCACAGUCGUGGAUGCCAUGACGACCAGAGAGGCAGAUAUCGCAGAGUUGAUGACGCAGAUUCAGACUAUGAACAUGACGUCAAAAAACGGCGUCCCGUUUAAAGGUGACGACGCUCUAGAAGUGUUGGACGAGACCAUAAUGAGAUCGGAGGAGAGAAUAAAAAGUCUGGCGGAGGAUUUACGGAAGAAGAUUGACGACAGCGAGAAACUCUUGCUGGAGAAACUUAACACUGUGUCGUCGGAACUGAGAAACCAGCUGAACAGAAAUCGGAAAUCAAUUCCCAAAUUAGACCGAAACGAAAUCCUCGCUGCCGCUGGUAAACGAAUGGAAGGACUGUUGUCCUACGGCAGUGACGUGGAAAUCCUUCACGUCCUUGACACAGUGAAGGGCACGGAGAGUCCUACUGACCUGGAUGACGUCACAGGUCAGGAGGAGGACGUGAUGUUUCGGAUUAACUUCGCCGUCGACAGUUCCGUGAAAGUGUUUGUGCGCGACUUCUCCACUCUGGGCGACGUCCAGGUCGAAGACUGCAACUCUGACGAGGGUCUCUCAUCCUGGGGCGUCUGCUGCACGGCCAAAGGGGAGAUAAUCGUGGUGGACAGCCGCAACAAGAAGGUUCAGAAGUUCAGCAGUAACGGCGACCUCAUAGACCAGACGCAGAUCAGCGAGGAACCACGUGACCUGACGAGCUGUGGGGCGGAGGAUGUUGCCAUAACGAUCAACAAGAAGCUCAUCUUCUUCGUCUCUAUGUCGGGCCAGAUGGCCUUGAAGAAGAAGGUCAGGACUCAGAAGCAGUACGACAGUAUCUCCAUGUCGCCUAGCGACAACUCCAUGCUGGUGAGCUGUAUGUCGGACAAGUCCAUCGACGUCAUAUCAGUGGAAGGGGAGGUAAUCAAAUCCUUCAACGUCGACGCUCAGGGCGCCGCCAUCUUUGAUGAGCCGCGCUACGUCUACUUCUCGCGCGAAGGAAACUACGUCGUCACCGACGUGUCCCGGAAUUCGGUUAAAUGCAUCUCGCCCGACGGGUCGUUGGUGUACAGCUACCACCCAGACGGCGCCCACGUGUUGAGGAAACCGCAGAGUCUGUGCGGCGACAACAUCGGCAACGUGUUCAUCGCCGACUACGCCAACAGCAGGAUUCAGCUGAUCACCAACGAGGGGAACUUCCAGAGGUUCGUGCUCUCGCGGGACAGCGGGCUAUCUCGCCCCGUCGCCAUCACCAUGACGUCAUCAAACAAACUGAUCGUCGUCCAGAGCGACGGGAUGGUCAAGGUGUUCAGCUACGAAUGACCCGGGGUCAUGAAGGUGCGCUUCAAGGUCACCUGCUGGUGUCCUAGGUGCAUCAAGAAAAUGGAGGACCAGAGUGCGCAACAGGAAACGGAAGAAAUGAAGUAAAAAUGACAUACCUUACAAUGAUGACUCACCACACUGUGUACAGCUUGUGGCAAUAAGCGUCUUCAGAGUUACAGAAAUAACUCAAACCUCUGAGAGGUGAACACGUGUAAAUCACUAGAAUAAAAGUAUUAAUGUUAGGAAGACUUUAAAGGAAAAAGGAAGAAUUUAAACAAACAUUAAACAUAUUACAAUGAUGACGCGUCGCACAGUGCAGCGUUUGUAACAAGUGUCUUAAAAUUACAGAACUGACGAAUCGUGACAUGAUAGUGCUUCUAAAAUGUGUAAAUGUGUAAAUGAUUUGACAACAGUGAACUGGUUAACGUUCAGAGUGGAUCAACCAUGUAAGACUGAACUGAUAAACACACACGAUUAAAUUAUCACCUACCACGUCUUGGAUAAACACACAUGCACACACACGAUUAAAUUAUCACCUACCACGUCUUGGAUAAACACACAUGCACACACACGAUUAAAUUAUCACCUACCACGUCUUGGAUAAACACACAUGCACACACACGAUUAAAUUAUCACCUACCACGUCUUGGAUAAACACACAUGCACACACACGAUUAAAUUAUCACCUACCACGUCUUGGAUAAACACACCAUUACUAACCUAGAAGCAAUGAAUGAAUGAAUGAAUGAAUGUGUAAGUGCGUGAAUGAAUGAAUGAAUGAAUGAAUGAAUGAAUGAGUCCAGGCCAGUUACGUCUGUUCGCGGACAUUAUUGUAAGUACGAUGCAAUCAGUGUGACAUUGGUUAAAUCAUUGGAAAGCUAUGAAACCGAUAAAGAGGAAAGACAAAUUGAUUCUGGAUACUAUUGUGUACUGACGGCUCAUGUCAAGGUGCUUGGUGAUCGUGGUAUUAGAUAAUGAUGACGAUGUUAUUGAUGAUGAUGACGAUAAUGAUGUUGAUGAUGAUGAUGUUAAUGACGACGAUGUUGUUGAUGAUAAUGAUGAUGGUGUUGAUGAUGUAGCUGCCGAUGACGAUGAUUAUGAUGAUGAUGGUGUUAGUGGUUGUAGCAUGACGACGAUGAUAAGUAUGACGAAGAUACUUGUGAUGAUGAUCACAUUGAUGAUGAUGAUGAUGAUGUUGAUGACGAUGACGAUGAUUGUUUAAUUAUUAUUAUUAUAUUAUAUAUUAUGUUAAUUUUAUUUAGUAAGAUUAAUAUUAGAUGAUUUUCAUAUUUUAUCAAUACGUUUUCAGGAACAUAGUCUUAUAUUUUAAAUAUAAAAGCAUAUAAACUGAAAUUAUUUCAUGGCUAACAUUAAACGACUAACAUGUGGUCAUAAUGAAAUGCAUGACAACAUAUCAAUUAUAUACCAUGAUAUAAACUUGAGAGAUAAUGUAUAAAAAGUUAAUAUAAACUUUGUAUAAACUGUUUCAUUCAGUAUCAACAGAAAGACGAUAUAUAUAAAUUAUAUACCAUGAUAUAAACUUGAGAGAUAAUGUAUAAAAAGUUAAUAUAAACUUUGUAUAAACUGUGUCAUUCAGUAUUAACAGAAAGACGAUAUAUAUAAAUGAUAUAUGCAGAUGUCUACUGUUUAAUGAUUAGCCCAAAUCGUUUUAGUUUCCUUAUGGUAUGGAUAUAUGAAUGGAUGUAUGAUAUGGUAUAUGUAUGGUGUGGAUGUAUGAUAUGGUAUAUGUAUGGUGUGGAUGUAUGAUAAUGGUAUAUAUAUGGUAUGGAUGUAUGAUAUGG